UAAAUGUAGAGUGAGAAAACCUCUGUGAGGUGCCAGUGUCCUCCGUGAAGGAGCAAAGGCGCAGCGAUGGAGCUCUUCUCUGUGUUCGUCUCCGCUGUUUUGGUCUGUGUUGUCAGAGCUGGGAUUCCUCAUGAUGGAAUACACUGGACAUACACAGAGGGAGCUUUGGACCAGAUGCACUGGCCGACUAAGUACCCUUCAUGUGGCGGUAAGAAGCAGUCACCAAUAGACAUCCAGCGGCGAAGCGUGAGACAUAACCCAGACAUGCUGCAGCUGGAGCUUACCGGAUAUGAUGCUCAGAAAGGAACCUUUCAGAUGACCAACAACGGGCACUCCGUUCAAAUCGACCUGCCUCCCACGAUGGUGAUCACCAAGGGCCUCCCGGGAAAAUACACAGCUGUCCAGAUGCACCUGCACUGGGGGGGCUGGGACCUGGAGGCCAGCGGAGCAGAGCACACCAUAGACGGCAUUCGUUACAUGGCCGAGCUCCAUGUUGUCCAUUACAAUUCUGACAAGUACAAGAGCUUUACUGAAGCCAGAGAUAAGCCGGACGGGCUGGCAGUGCUCGCGUUUUUCUACGAUGAUGGGCAUUUUGAGAACACAUACUACAGUGAUUUCAUCUCCAAUCUGGCCAGAAUCAAAUAUGCAGGUCAGUCCAUGCACAUAUCGAACCUCGAUGUGCGCUCCAUGCUCCCCGAGAACCUCAACCAUUUCUUCAGAUACCAGGGCUCCCUCACCACGCCGCCCUGCUAUGAGAGCAUCCUCUGGACUGUGUUUGAUACUCCCAUCACUCUCUCUCAUAACCAGAUCAGGAAACUGGAGAGUACUCUGAUGGACAUGGACAACAAGACCUUGUGGAAUGAUUACCGCAUCGCCCAGCCUCUCAACGACCGUGUGGUGGAGUCAUCUUUCCUGCCACGCCUGGGGAAAGGAACAUUUUGUCGGCAAGAUGAGAUUGAAUCCAGGCUCCUGAAGAUUGAGGGUCUGAUAACGUCUCUUGGAAAGCAUAUGUAUUCAGGUGGACUCCGCAACCAAAGGCCCACCAGAUAUGAACCCCGCGCUCUGUUUCCUCUGGUGCUCAACUUCCAGGAGAAAAAUUCUGGAAGUUAUGCUUUGGCCCGUCUCAGCCAUGCCAUGGAGCUGGACUCAUUCACCGUCUGCAUGCAUGUCCUGCCUCAAGCUGAUGGGGUCAACACUGCCAUCUCCUAUGCCAGUAACGGCAUCGACAAUGAGUUGCUGAUCUCCAUCAGCGAGGACAGAGAUACAAGAGAGGUAGGCCUCUGGAUUGGCAACGAGUUUGUCAACCUGCCCCACAACUUCAAGUCCCAUGACUGGGCCAACUACUGCAUCACCUGGUCGUCUCACACCGGUGGCGCGGAGCUAUGGAUCAACGGUAUGGUAGGGGAGCAGCGGUACCUGAAGAGCGGUUACACAAUCAGCCCUGGAGGUGUGUUCAUCCUGGGCAAAGACCAGGAUGGAAUACUGGGCAUCUCCAACGCAGACGACUUUGUGGGGAAGAUGACUGAUGUCAACGUGUGGGACUAUGUGCUGACAACAGCAGAUAUCCGGGACCAGAUGUCAUGUGAGAGAAACAGCACCACGGUGGGAAAUGUGUUCAGCUGGGGAACCACCAAACUGAGUCUGUACGGAGGGGUGGAGCUGGACAGCCAGUACAGAUGCUCCUGAAGAGGCUCAGCUGCUUCUGUUUCGCAUUAAAACGCUGCAAUAAACCUUAAUAUCACUGCUGAUGGUGGGGAUUUAAAAUGUGUGACAUAUGUGAUGAUGGGUAAAAUGUCUUUCAGGCACCUGUAAGUCAAUCUUAAAUACAAACUGUAUCGUAUAGCUUCAGCCAUGUAUUGCAUUCAUACCUUUGCAUCAUCAAUAAAGGCUUACAAGUGA